AUGUUACAAUCAAUAAAAAAUUUUACUUUAACUAAAUUGUAUGAUAAAAUUAAAUUACCCAAUGAUGAAUUUCAACAAUGGAUCACUGAUCUCGGAAUGCUUCAUAGAAAAAGAACAUGUGAUUGUGGAAAAGAAAUGCGUAAAGAGAAGCGUGGACAAAAUGGAAGAUGGAUAUGUAUCAAUAUCAAGAAAUUGUUGCUUGCAAUUCAAGAUUUGUUGGUUAAUCCAAAUCUGGAAGAUCCUCUUCAAACUGAUGCGUGUCAAAUUUAUAUUCAAAAUCGUCAAGAUUAUAAUCGUCGUGUGCGCGAGCAGGCUCAACGUUAUUCUCGAGAAGUGGUUCAAUUGGAAAUGUUAAAUUAUUAA